AAAACGGUAUUAACGAAGGCCACAAAUAAGUAUAUAAACUGAUCUAACCCCUUCACCUUCAUCAAAUAGUCCACUGUUUGAAGUAAUUCGCAUCAAAAUGAACAGUCUGACCGUUGUUGCUUUGGCUUGCUUGGCUGUUGUUGCCAAUGCUGCUCCAUCUGGUUGGGGUCUUCAUGACGAUGGCCAAUGGCACGGAGAGGGUUUACUUGAAAGCCAAUAUCAUGGGGAAGGAAUCUUAGCUUCCGGCGCUCUUGGACACCACGGUGCCAUCGUUGCUGGUGCUCUUCCCGCUGCUCAUGCCGUUGUCGCUGGACCCGUCCAUGGAGCUGGAGCUGUUUUGGUACCACCAAGUGCCGGAGCCGUUGUAUCUGGACCCGCUCAUGGAAUUAUUGGACAUGGACUCCUUGGACACGGCGUAGUAGGACACGCCGCAGGAGCUGUUAUCGCUGGUCCCGCUGGAGUUGUCGGACCCGCUGGAAUUAUCGGACCCGCUGGUAUCGUUGGUGCUGGACAUUGGGGUCAUCAUGGUCAUUGGUAAACUUCGCCAAUACUAAAUGGGAACGCAAAUGCUCGAAUGGGGUCUCUAAGGAACUCGCUAGGAAGGACUUUGGAAAUUUAAAUUAUUUUUUUAAUGGCAUGAGAUUGUUUGAUAAUAUAGCCUCCGCUAGUAUCCCUAGAGGGUCUGUUUGAGUUUGUAAUGUUGUUUACGGGUUUACUGACUGCGCAUGUACAAUUGACUGCGAUUAUGAUUACCUUUGUUUUUUUUUUGUUCACUGUAUAUAUACAUGUCCAUAAUAAAUCAAUGAUGCAAGCGAUA